AUGCUUAGCCGGUCAUCUGAGCUAUCGUUCGCCAGGCCGCCUUUGGCUCAUCGUACUUCUUCUAUUGGUAAGCAAACUUUUGUUAUAUUAAUCACGUUAUCAGUGACAGUUUGAUAUUUACUUUUUUGGAAAAGAGGGUAAUACAGGAUUUACCUUCCCAGUAUUUUUUUGGGGUAUAGACACAGUCCAGACCAUAGUCUUCGCAGGCUUUGGCCCAGACUACGUGUUAAAAAAUUAUACUAAAACCUCCACCACAGUCUUGUCGUCUCAUUACCGUCAAAGUGAUAAGUACAAACCUUGUUUUACUAAAAACUUGAAUUUCAAAAAAAUAUUCCAAGAUUAGGUUGCCAAAAUGCCAAAAUUAACUCGACCAUUGUUGACAAACACAAUUGUAAGUCUGCUCGCACGCUGAAACGGUUGAAUGGUAAACUCCAAAGCCGGAUGACCUUUUUCGGGAUUUUUACAAAAAACGCGCUCUCUAAUAUUUACUUUCUACUUUGCUUGUUUUGCAAAUAUAGUUCUGUCAGCCAUGUUUGGCAUGUUUCGGAAAAAGCCGAAAGAGCCGGUUGUCAAAAGUCGUAAGUUAUAAUAGGAAAAGUUGAUUUUUGGUUUUAUUUUGAUUUUUAAAGAUAUCAUCAAGGGUUUUAAGAGUAUCAACAAGUGUUUAAAGAGUAUCAUCAAGGGUAGGCGUUAAGUACUGAACAUGAGUGAUCAUAGUAAAAGUUUACGAUUUGUAAAGCAAAACCCUUUACGAUAAAUAACUUACUGUAGCUGUAGCAAAAGUAUUUUAUAAAUUCGCAACGGACCGUUUAGCUGCACAGUAAUUUAGACGGUUUUUUUAAACAUUGCGCGGUUAUAAAUCAUCAUACAGAAGCUUUAAAAGCCUAUGUUAUAGGUUUUGUAUUGUCGUUUAUAGAGGUAUUUUACCAAGCUUAGUAACUACAUACUUUUAUGAAUAUUUGGCUUACUGUAACAUAACUAGAAGAUUUACUUUUGCAACUUAAAAACGUCUCUAAUAUUGAUAUAACUUGAAAAUGAGACGUCGACAGAGCGAUAGAGUAGUUGAACAUGAUGUCAGAAAAAGUAAAGUUUAUAAAAAAAUACUUUAGAAUAGCUAGAUAUUUAAUAAAUAACUUAAAAAGACGUAUUUUACUUUAAACCACCUUAAUUUAGGAAGUGGAUCGCGUUCUCUGAAGAUCGUGACCGAGAUGGGUCAGUCUGGAACCUACAUGAGCGGUGGCACCUCUCCCUUCGGCCAAAGUGCCGCGACGGCCGUGAGAGACAGCAGAGAAAGAGAGAAAAAGGAGAUGAGUGAUUUGAACGACAAGCUGGCCAGCUACAUCGAGAAGGUCCGCUUUCUGGAGGCCCAGAAUCGAAAAAUCGGCGCGGAUUUGGAAUCGCUAAGGAAUAAAUGGGGCAAAGACACUCAUAACGUCAAACAGAUGUACGAAAGCGAACUCAAGGUAACGUACUGUGGUAUAUAAAUGAAUUAUGAUAAAAAGAAACAUGAAUUCUAAGUUUACAAUAAAAGGUCGAUUGUUAACUUUAUCAAUCAGAAAAAGAAGAGAAUUUUUAAACAUUAUCAACGAUAUACCUAGCCGAACAACUUAUUGUGAAAUUUGAUAUCCAACGUAUUUUAGGAAGCUCACAAGCUGAUCGAUGAGACCACAAAACAAAAGGAUGCCCUAAAAAAAGAGCUGAAGGAGUUGUUAGCUGAAGUUAACAACUACAAGCAAAAGUAAGAUCAAAUUUAGUUUUUUACUUUGAUAAGUUAUAUUUUCAAAAAAUUCAGUUUUAAAAUCAAAUUUUGUGCCGCGACUCGCGAGGAAAGUUUAAAAAAUCAUGCAGGCUGCACGGAAAAAAGCAAACUGUGUCCAAAAAUAUUGUUUACAAUGCGCAUUGCAAUGCCAAAAUUUUUAAAUGUAAAAUGCGACAUGCGGACUAGCGUUUUCUUAUAUUUUUUUAGAUACGCAGAUGCGACACGUGAAAGAUCAGCUGAAAAAGAUCGUUUGAAUGAGAUCCUGACAACUUUAUCCAAUCUCGAAGCUGAAAUUCAAUAUUUCCAACGUAAAAUCUCAAGUCUUGAAGAUGAAACCAAGCGAAUGAAGGCUGAAAACCAUCAACUAGUCCUUGAUCUACAGCAAUAUAGAACUGUGAGUGGAAAUUUUGAUAUAAAACAAGGUCAAAGUUUCAUUGGUUUUUCUGGCUGAAAAGUUGUUGUUUAACCUAUUUUUAUAUUUAAAAUGGCUAGAAAGGAGUUAAAAUGUAAUACAAUUAAAAAACACAAUAUAUAAUAUAUUUAAGCUCACCUUUAAGUAAAAUAUUGUUUUAGGAGCUAGAUCAAGAGACAUUGAACCGCAUUGACAAGCAAAAUGAAGUUCAAACUCUGCUCGAAGAGAUCGAGUUCCUUCGUCGAGUUCACGAUCAAGAAAUUCGUGAGCUUCAACUGGAAGCAGCUCGAGAUACAACUCCAGAGAACCGAGAAUACUUCAAGAAUGAGUUGUCCUCUGCUAUUUGUGACAUUCGCCAAGAUUAUGAUCAGGUAUAACUUUUUUUAAUUCUUUUGUCAAGAAGUUUGCCAAUGUGCGUAUGUUACAAGCAGUAUAUCAUAGUUAUACAAGUCUAAUAUUUUAGAUUUAUCUUGCUUAGAUAUUGUUUUAGAUGAUGAACUUUACAAGCUAACGAAAAAUGUAACAUUAUGUCGCUGCUGUUGUAUGUUAUACUUCAAAUGUAAAAUAAUUUAACAAUUAAAUAUAAAAUAACUAUUUUUACAGAUCACCAACCUGAAUCGAACUGAUAUGGAGUCAUGGUAUCGUCUGAAGGUACAAGAGAUCCAAACUCAAUCAGCUCGUCAGAAUAUUGAGCAAGGUUAUGCUAAAGAGGAAGUCAAACGCCUGAGGGUACAAUUGACCGAUCUCAGAGGAAAACUGGCCGAUUUGGAGAGCAAGGCGAGUUGUUUUGGUGUACUGUAACAUAAUAUAAUAGUAAUUUUAUAAAGUUGACUCGUAUGUUUUGUAAAUAAUGAUGUGCCCCGUUUUAGAAUGGCAUGCUAGAGAAGCAAAUCCAGGAACUGAACUACCAACUGGAAGAUGAUCAACGUAGUUAUGAAAACGCGUUAACCGACAAAGAUAACCAGAUUCGAAGAGUCAGGGAUGAGUGCCAGAACCUGAUGGUGGAGCUUCAGAUGCUCCUCGAUACAAAACAGGUACUUCUUAGUUAAAUUCUUUUAAAUUUUAGUUUUUUAAAUUCAAAUUUGGUUUUAUUUUUCAAUUUUUUGUGAAAAGAUCCUUUCUCAAUGUUAUCCCUAAACUUUCAGACCCUGGACAACGAGAUCAAGAUGUAUCGCCAGAUGUUGGACGGCGAAGACAGUCGCCCCGGCCUUCGCCAACUGGUCGAUCAAGCCAUGACCAAGAAGGACAACGGCUUCCACGUGGAAGCCCUUACUGACAGCCGGGUGGACGCGACACGGCAUUCUUAUCAGCGAAGUGCCAAAGGCAAUGUCUCGAUCCAGGAAGUGUCGCCAGAGGGCAAUUAUGUCAUCCUAAACAACACUCAUCGCUCGAAGGAAGAGAAGUUGGGCGAUUGGAAGUUGCGACGGUCGCUGGAUGGAGGUGCUGAAGUUGUGUACACUUUCCCCAAGAAAUUCGUGCUGAGACCCGGAAAGAGUGUGAAAGUUGUCGCGAAAGGAAAAGGAGUCAACUCUCCUCCGGAUCAGUUGGAAGCUGAAGACAUUGCCAGCUUUGGGCAUGGCAGUUCCGCUCAGACUAUGCUUUACAAUAAGGAGGGAGAGGUAGGGCGGGGUAGAUCUCGUAGGGCGGGGUAGAUCUUUGUAUAAGGUGGUAGAGGGGUACAAUAAAAUAUUUUUAACAAAAUUUUUGGGCGGGUAUAGGACUAAAUUUUAAAAAAAUUUAAAUUUUUUAAAUUUUCAGGAACGCGCGACAUUUAUCCGCAGAAACUCCUAA